AAGCACAACAAGAACAUGUUCAAGAUAUCUGUAAAAAAGCGAAACAAAUAGAAUUAUUAAUUGAUGCUUUACCUGGUAUAAAUCAUUCAGAGGCGGAACAAAUUGAAAUACUUAAAUCGUUAGAUCAAGAAUUAAAAGCGGCUAAUGAUGAAUAUAUAAAAGCAGUUCAAGAUGCAGAAUCAUUAUUGAAACAGAUAAAAGAAACUAUCAAAAUCAUAUCUAAAGAUCAAAGUUUAGAAUUUGCUAACUGA